UCAAUCAUUACACAGGAAUACUGCGCACCAACACACAGGACACCAGAAAGAAUACGCGUUAAAAUCCCUUCACAUCGACAUAAAAAAGGACUAACAAAGCAAGGACCGGUUUAUUUUGAUUCAUAAAAGUGAAUCCUUUCGGAAACUGACAACUUUCAUCACCCGGGCUCCAUAUUUUGAAGAGAAGAUGUUGAAAGUUUACCUCAUGUUGGUUUUGUCAGCGGCUGCUGCUGUUUUCGCUGAAUCGGUACGAGAAACGGAAACAUGGGUACCUCUGAAAACCGAGUCACCCCAUGAGGAUCUGGAGUCGUCCGGUGACUCUACGCAUCAAGAUUUUGAGUUUGCUGAUUUAAACCCAAUUGACGAUGAGGAUGUCUAUGAUGAUGAUGAUGAUGAAGAGGAUGAUUAUGAUGACAUAUCAGGCUCAGGGUCUUCAGAGAUCAUCAUUACGGAGAAUGAUCUCAAAAACUGGAUACCUGAUCCUGUGGGUCCAUUUGCCCCGCUGCCAACUAUAGAUGAGGUGAUUGCGGUUCGAAACAAUGAGGUCGGCAUGGAGAAAUCGCUAAACCAAGAAAAUGACCAACAAAGCAAUGUGCUCAUGACCGUUGCUGGAGAAGAGAGCUUGUUCAACAACACAGAGGUUCUUGCAGCUAUUAUUGCGGGCGGAGCAGUUGGUCUCAUCUUCGCCAUCCUCCUCAUCGUCUUCCUCGUUCACUUUGUUCUCCGCAUCAAGAAGAAAGACGAAGGAAGUUACGACCUGGGCAAGACGCCCAUCUACAAGAAAGCUCCCACCGCAGAAAUCUACGCAUGAGCAUCCUUUCCCUCUCAAACCUUCUCUCUCUCUGUCUCUCUCUCUCCCUCUCCCUCUCUCUUUUGAACUAUAAGCUCACAUGGUGCCUCGGUCCGACGGGCCGCCGCCAACCUCUCACGCACCACGAAAACCGCAGGAGAACCUCACGAAUAAUUGACUCUGACUGGACAUUUGCAUUGCAAUCUCAAAGUGAAUCGAAGAGGAUCGCGUCUGUUGCCAAACUGCCCGAUUCUUGUCGUUUUGUUCCCACACUCUGUCAGGUUUAUUGCCUUUUUGUCACGUGGCCUGUUGUCUCCAUUAUUUUUUUUCUUUUUUAAUAAAACACUACAAGGUGUAAUGGAGCUUCCACGGGUUAAAGGCUUUGGAUUGACGAUUUUAAUCCACCGUUAUGAUAAGCAGUCAGUGUCAUGAUUGAUGCUACAGAGAGGGGGUGUUACUGUAGCCUUUUACGUUAUCAGAUGUCUUUUGAUUUUAAGUCUGUGCUGUAAAACCUUUUAAUUUUCAUAUUAAACAUCAGAGGUGAAACCAAACUGAAGGCACGCAGCAUAUGUUCGAGAUGAAAUUCUGUGAGGGCAAAAUCUGAACUGGGUGUACUAGACUGACGUAUACUCCUUUCAGCCAUGGUGUUAUGGUACAUUCCACAUAUCCGUAUGUAAUUGCUGUGGUGGUUUUAUACGUCGAGAGACUAGAUCCACUACGUGCUGCUUGACUGUCAGCUAAGCUACUUUAACAGGUACAGAUGCUGUUGAUUGAGAAUCAGUUCACUGCAAACAGACUUUGUACAUCCAGGGAUCUGUAUAUAGCCAUUUGAAUAAAUGUAAAACUUUGGUACUUAGCCAUCUUGACAGCCUUUUAUUUACCAAAUAUUUAAAUGCCAAAAUCAGUUUUUAUUGUUCUUAUAUCUCAUCCCGGUAUUUGCUUUUGGCAUAACCUGAAAGCUGAUGGUUUGUGUCUGUAUCUUUCGGAAACAUGUUUUGUUUUGAGAACAAUGACCAAUGUUAGUACUAACUUUUUGUUUUUUCUCAAUGUUUUUGUAGAUGUUCUUAAUUCCUUUUUAAUUUUGUUUGGUAUUAAUUUAACUCAUAUUUUAUUGCCUGCCUUCAGGUCGGGGGGUCUUUCUUCCCCUUCUCAGCUGUUGUACAUGUAAUAAUUUUUAUUUUUUAUGGUUUUUAGAUUUGUUUUAUAUACAGUAGUGCAAAAAUUCAAAGGCUGUUAGUCUUUCAACAGAUUUUAAGAGUUUCUAUUUCGUUUAGACUUUUUAAGCCGAAUAUAUUUAUGUUUUGUAGAAGGAUGUUCUGGAUUAGUAAAGGGGAACGUGAAUAAGCUGUGCAUUACUGUGCAUGGUGUAAAAUGAUAAAUUUGCUGCUUUGUUUGGUCACAUCCAGAUAAAAUCACUGAUCUAAUGUUGAAGUCAAUGAAUCAUUGAUUUCUGCAUGCAAUUUCUGAUCUGUUGAAAAUAAAGCUAUUUUAUGCACAUAA